ACAAUGUUCCCUGCGUUUAAUUUUGGUUAGACAGAAUUUGCUUGCGCACGUGCGCGGAUCGCGGUGAAUUUUCACUUAUCUUCAAGUUUAUCACUUUUUUAGAAGGCUUUUACUGGCACAUGAUCAUAACUUGGAUGGAAGUUGUUCUGAAAAGCAUCUAUCGAAAUUUGUUCCUUGUGCUGGCAAGACAAAUUUUGAAGCUGAUCAACAGUGUUAUGGGAAGGACGACAUCUCGAAUCACCAUGCUACAUUCGAAUAUCCUGGACCAGUCCCCUGCCGGAAAGCUUACCAGCCAGCAACUACUGAAGCACUGCAUUGAUGCCCAGAAUAACCAGCCUUCUUUGCUGAAGAGGAGUUUCCGGUCGCUCCUGGGCGACACUGUGGAUAGAGCCGAGGGGAGGGACAACACAUCCAUUAGGAUCAUGCAGUGGAAUGUGUUAGCUGAUGCACUCAGCAAAGGAGCGGACAAUUUCAUCAAGUGCCCCAGGGAAGCCUUAGAGUGGGACACUAGGCGGGUCUCCUGCCUCCGAGAGAUCUUGACCUACGACCCUGAUGUUAUCUGCCUCCAGGAAGUGGACCACUUCCACGACUUCUUCAAAGUACAGCUGGAGCGGGUGGGUUACAAGGGAGUCUUCAAAGCAAAGCCGGACUCCCCUUGCCUGGACUGCUUGAGCAACAAUGGCCCGGACGGAUGCGCUGUUUUCUACAAACUGGAGAAGUUUUCCCUGGUCAAUAGUAUGUGCCCUGUCUUAGAGGUGAAAGAUGGGGGUAGCACAUGGCCCACCAAUCAGGUGGCAGUCCUGUUGCGGCUGAAGUGUAAGGCCGUUGAGGACCAUCAUGAGAAGGAGUUGGUUGUGGGCACCACUCACCUGAAAGCCAAGGCAAGCUGGCAUCAACUGAGACAUCUUCAAGGCUUGAACCUCCUUGAAGUCCUUCAGCAACAGGCUGGCGGCUGUCCACUGAUUCUGAGUGGAGAUUUCAACGCUGAGCCAUCUGAGAAUGUCUACAAAGCCUUUGAAGCCAGCAAGAUGGGGCUAGACAGCGUUUACAAGAACCUCAGUGAAGAUUGCAAUUCUGAGCCUCCCUAUACCACGUGGAAAAUACGCCCCUCAGGGGAGGUGUGUCACACUAUAGACUAUAUGUGGUACACUCAAAACCAGUUGUGUCCAGUGAAGAUUUUGGAAUUGCCCUUGGGAGAACAUUUGGGGAAAGACAGACUCCCAUCACACACGUAUCCCUCAGAUCAUUUGUCGCUUGUUGCAGAUUUUGCAUUCAAAUCGUAGUGGGGUACUCUCAGUAUGAUUUCUCCACCUCCUGCAUUUUUUUUAUUUGCGAAUGUAAAAUAUACAGGCAAAUUGUGUUAGAUGUCUUUCAGAAUUUGAGGAACGGCUGCACAGGCAUUUGGCAGCUGUCUUGAGCGAGAAAAGCCAAGAACACUCUCGUUGACAUUUUACGGGUGUAGAUUUCUUUCUGUCAUAAGUAAGGUUUGAUUUGAAACUAUGCAUGGUGGAAAACAUCUCUCAGUAUUUCUACCACGUCUUUGUAAGCAAUUAAUGCAUUUUAUUUUGUGUACAUUUAAGUGAAACCUGACCACAGGGGUUUCACAUUUGCUGUGUGCACCAUUUAUGAGAAUCAAACAAUGCAACAGGUAUUUAUCUGGUCGCAGAUUAAUGCAAGAUUUACCAGGCUCAGGUCCUCCAGUACAUUAAUGGCCUUCCAUAAAUACCAAUCACUUUUUUGAAAUAUUAAAAUUUUUAAUUUAUCCUUUAAAAUUCCACUCUUGGAAAAGGUAACAAAGCAUUUUCUUUUAACCCAGGGCAUUACAAAAUCUUUAUCUGCCUGUCUCUGUGGCUGAUUUGUGCUCUAAGAAAUAGUUGCUAUGUAUAGACUUCAAUUUGAGCACAACUACCUCAGAUGGAAAAUUUACAUUAGGAUGUAGAAAUCCAGAUUCAUAAAGCUUUAUGACGAAAAUGAUGCUGUUGGAAGGUUCAGAAAUUUAAAAGACGCUAUACCCUGCAAUAGCAUACAAUAAUAGUUGUAAAAAUUUGCAUACACUGUAAAAAAAAGUUGAGAAGAGAAAAAUCAAAUUUUAUCUUGAUGUUUGCAAAUUUAAAAAGAUACAUUAACCCUACUUACUGUACACAAGAAAUAGCUGUGAAAACUGUAAACUGAAAGAGAAAUGUUCAAGAGAAAAAAGGAAUUUCUGUUUUACACAUUUAUCAAAUGUAGGAAAUCUUAAGAAUUUAGUUAAAAGCAAUACAGGAUACAUGUUAAAAAUGAUGCACCUGAGUGCUCCUAAUGUUUGUGAGGGGAUAGAAUCGUUCAAUAACACAAUAUUCCUAAAUAUUUUACUUUGGAUUUGGUGUGUUUUUAUAACACAGAAGCAAGAACAUGUUUGAGUAAAAUUUUGACAUAAAUAUAUAAAAUUAAGCUAGGAGAUACAAUAGGUAUUUCCCAGUGGUGUAAUCAAUUAUAUAGGAAUUGUUUAAUCAAAUAUCAUUUAACCACCAUUACAAAUUAAUAACUGUUAAAUCAAAUGUCAGUUAAUCAGAAUUACAAAAAUGAUACUUAGACACACACCUGGCAGAAUGACCUCAGCAGUUGUUUAACAGGUAUCAGGAAAAAUCCCUUUUCUACUGGAAUGCCAAGUUAAAGUAAGAGAUGUCAAAAAGACCAAUGGCCUACAUGUAUGUACAGAAAUAGCAACUGAAAAAGUGUUAGCCAAUUAGUCUGUGAAUCACAUUGACGUGAUCGCACAUAGUACAGUGAUACCACUGUGCAUGUAGUACCAUCUUAACUCUCUUGUUAUUAUUUAUGAACAUGUACUCUUGUACUUCUGAACAGAAACAUAGUUUUAAUAAUUUUUGUUUUGAACAUAUCACUACUGCAUUUUGUACUUUGAAAUGAGCUUUUAUGCCAAGUGUUACAAAGGACUGGUGUACUGUUGUAAUCAGGGGUGUGCGAAUUCAGCUUUUUAGCUGAUUUCAGCAUUUUGUGUAGAUGCUGAUCCUGGAUUUCAGCUUUUUUGUACACCUGGUCUGUACAAAAGUAUGGGAAAUUUUUACAUUUCAGCAUUUUGCUAGCAGUUUUCAGCUUUAGUUUCAAGCGGCCACUCACACCCCUGUGUAUUAAAUGUUUUGAUGAAGUCAGUACAUUCACUUUCUUCGUGUAAGUUCUACGUCAAAAGCUGUCAUUCUCCCACCUUAAUGUGAUAUUACUGUAACCACAGUGCCAAAGGAAGACAUUGUGCAAUAAAUGUCACUACAUGUAUAUUGA